UUCUGAAGGGCUGCAACAUGGACGACGAGGAGGAGACUUACCGGCUGUGGAAGAUCCACAAGACCAUCAUGCAGCUCUGUCAUGACCGUGGCUACUUGGUGACUCAGGAUGAGCUGGACCAGACACUUGAGGAGUUCAAGGCACAGUUUGGGGACAAACCCAGCGAAGGAAGACCAAGGCGCACAGACCUCACCGUGCUGGUGGCCCACAAUGAUGACCCCACAGACCAGAUGUUUGUGUUCUUCCCAGAGGAGCCCAAGGUGGGCAUCAAGACCAUCAAGGUGUACUGCCAGCGCAUGCAGGAGGAGAACAUCACGCGCGUGCUGAUCGUGAUGCAGCAGGGCAUGACGUCCUCCGCCAAGCAGUCCCUGGUGGACGUGGCACCCAAUUACGUUCUGGAGCAGUUCCUACAGCAAGAGCUGCUCAUCAACAUCACGGAACACGAGCUGGUCCCUGAGCACGUGGUCAUGACGGAGGAGGAGGAGGUGACAGAGCUGCUGGCCCAAUACAAGCUUCGCGAAAGCCAGCUGCCCAGGAUCCAGGCUGGGGACCCAGUGGCGUGCUAUUUUGGGAUCAAGCGAGGGCAGGUUGUGAAGAUCAUCUGGCCCAGUGAGACAGCCGGCCGCUACAUCACCUACCGCCUGGUACAGUAGCCCACGGCAGCGUGGCAGCUGCGUGAAUCCACAAACCCUGAAGUCUAAUGGGAGGGCAGGAAGUGGGCCAGCACCCUGGAGACUGACUGAGGCAGGAGGAUUGCUGCAACUUCAAGUGAGUUUAUGACUUCAAGAACUGGUCCGUCGCCGCUCUGGUAGCUUCUAGU